AUGGGUGCUGCGGGCUCUAAGCUCGAGAAGGCUCUCGGCGACCAAUUCCCCGAAGGAGAACGUUACUUCGGCCUCGAGAAUUUCGGCAAUACUUGUUACUGCAACAGCGUUUUGCAGGCACUAUACUUCUGUGUUCCAUUUCGAGAACAAUUGCUAGAGUAUUAUGCAAACAACAGAAGCUUGGCCGAUGGCGAGGAAAAUCUUUUAACUUGCUUAGCCGACUUAUUUUCGCAGAUAAGUUCCCAGAAGAAGAAAACGGGUGUUAUAGCUCCCAAACGAUUUGUUCAGAGGUUGAAAAAACAGAAUGAACUCUUCCGUAGCUAUAUGCACCAGGAUGCUCACGAAUUCUUGAACUUUUUGCUAAAUGAACUUGUUGACAUUCUGGAGAAAGAGACUCAGUCUGCCAAAAAUGAUCAUGAAACAUCACCACCUUCCGAAAAGACUGCAAAUGGACCUAAGAAUGGUCUAGCUAAUGGUGCUAAAAAAGAGCCUUUAGUUACUUGGGUGCACAAAAAUUUUCAGGGAAUACUCACCAACGAAACAAGGUGCCUGCGAUGUGAAACUGUAACAGCUAGGGAUGAAACAUUUUUUGAUUUGAGCCUUGACAUUGAACAAAAUAGUUCAAUUACAAGCUGUUUGAAAAACUUCAGUUCAACGGAGACAUUGAAUGCUGAAGACAAAUUUUUUUGUGACAAGUGCUGCAGUUUGCAAGAAGCUCAGAAGAGAAUGAAGAUAAAGAAGCCACCUCACGUCUUGGUCAUCCACCUUAAGCGGUUUAAAUACAUUGAACAGCUGGGACGCUACAAGAAGCUGUCUUACCGGGUAGUCUUCCCACUCGAGCUGAAAUUAAGCGAUACUGCUGAAGAUGCAGAUAUUGAGUAUUCUCUAUUUGCAGUAGUUGUUCAUGUUGGGAGUGGGCCCAACCACGGGCAUUAUGUCAGCCUUGUGAAAAGCCACAACCACUGGUUAUUUUUUGAUGACGAAAAUGUUGAGAUGAUUGAUGAAUCUGCUGUUCAGACAUUCUUUGGUUCAUCGCAAGAGUAUUCCAGCAAUACAGACCAUGGUUACAUUUUGUUCUACGAGAGCAUUGGCUCUGGUAACAGGAACUAG